CUUCACUGUUUCCUUAUAACCACCAAACAAAGCAGACACACACAUACACUUCUCUUUUCCUCUCUCAAAACACUAGCUCCUUCUAGGGUUUCUACGAUCACAUACCAACGUGUAAUGAUGGGUUUCUCAAUGUUCUUCUCCUCCGAAAACGACGUUGUCCAUCACUCUUCGCCUUAUGCUUCUGUUGACUGCACCCUCUCUCUUGGAACUCCUUCAACUCGUCUAUGCAACGAUGAUGAUGACCGCAGAUUCUCUUCUCACACUUCUAACAAUAUGUCCAAAGCCUUAGGUUCAUGGGACUUCUUGUCGGGUGGCAAGAAAGGCGGUGGUGGCGGCGGAAAUAACCUAUUGGCUCGCCGUUGCGCUAACUGUGACACCACUUCUACUCCUCUUUGGAGAAACGGUCCAAGAGGUCCCAAGUCAUUGUGCAAUGCGUGUGGAAUCCGAUUCAAGAAGGAAGAGAGACGUGCAUCGGCCGCCGGUAACUCUAACUCAGGUGGAAGAUCAACGGCGGCUGGUGUUCAGGCAUUAGAUCAUCACGGAGAUGCUAAUUAUUAUUACAAUAAUAAUAAUCAUUAUGAUUCAACGUCGCCUUGGAUUCACCACCAACAGCAUAAUAUGCAUAGAGUUCCUUAUUAUUCGCCCGCGAAUAACGAAUAUUCUUUCGUCGAUGAUGUCAGAAACGAUAAUAAUGAUGUCACGGCUGACCCGUUCUUGUCUUGGAGACUUAACGUAGCCGACCGGGCCAGCCUUGUCCACGAUUUUACGAUGUGAUCGUCACAUAGGUUUUUCCCAUUAAGUGUCUUAGCCUUGUAUACCUUAAUUCUAGCAACACCAACAAAAAGAAGUCAUAGUCUUGGUCGAAGUAUCUAAAGUUACUCUUUAUUUCACAUCUGUUAAAUGUUUUGUUGGUAUUUAUGUGAGUUUUCUUAAUUAAGAUUCAGUAUCAAAAGGUACUUGUGUGUUCUUUUCAAAACGUUUUGAAUGUUCUCUCGGGUAAAUAAACGAGUGAUAGUUUUACUUACUUUAUAACCUUUUCAGUAUGUAUCCUACUCUGACACGAUUCAAGAUCAAAACUACUUA